AUGCCCCCAACUGCUAGUAUACACUGUGGAGAAGAUAUGUCGAAUAUGACGGUGGAUAAAUAUUCACAGGAUGCCGCUCCUGAUAUGAUAUCAGCUCUCAAAAGUGCCAUCUAUCAUAUGGAGGCGGAACUACGAGGCCCUUCCUUGCCCGGAAACAAAAGAGUAGAGAUAGAGAGCACUGUCAAGACUUUAAAACAGCAGCUUGAAGGGAUUCAAGCUGGUAAUCAUAUUAUAUUUAGUCAGGAGCGAGGUGAAUUUCAAGGACUACCUCAAACCCAAGGCCCGAGUGUAACUCGGAAUCAAAAAUGGGGUGACAGUCAGAGUCAGAGAAGUCAGAGUGAGGGCCAGAGCCCAUAUAGUUCUAAUACCAACUCGUCGGGAUCUAUCUCAUCCUCUUCAUCGGAUAUGGGCCCUGGCCUUCGAUCACGUAAUGUACCAAGUUUAUUUGGAAACGCUGGAAGAUUGGCCAGGAAAGACAGUGCCUCUGUACCGUUAAGUACUUCAGCGAGUCCAAUAACUAGUGGAACCAACUCUGGGAAUGGUAGUGGUAGAUAUGCUGACUUUUAUAUCGGUAGCACUGACACACCCAAUGAAUUUGCAUCUCCAGGAACCAGUGCUGCUUCAACCAAAAGUGACUCAGAUACACCAGUUAUUGAUCCCAGUUCAUUAAUGAGUGCUAAUGGAGUGGAUCACCGGGUUAGAGAAAAUGCUGUUGAUCACGGACAUGAACAUAUAUAUAGAGACCGAUCCUUGAACUUCGUACCCGAUGCAAGCGAUAUAGUCGAAAUCAGUGAUGAGGAUGAAGGGCCGCUUAGAGUUUUACAUUCUCGUCAUAUUGAUGUGCCAUCUCAAGCUACGACGAUUGUUGACGAUGACGACGAGCAGGAGGAGGAUGAAGAUGAUGACGAUAUUCAAUUCCAAUCAAUGUCGAUUAAAAGUGAUUCUGAACCCCCAUUUGUACCUCGUGUUCACGAGCGGAGUUCUAGUUUGUUUAAUUCUCACUCGGCUGGCAAAAAACGAGAAUACUCGCCAGUGGAAAAUUCUAUUGAUUUGACUGGUGAAGAUGAUGACGAGGGUACCCCGAGAAAAACAAGUGGCGCGUCGCUCAAUAAUCUUGUGACUUCCAUUCAUCGAACUCUUCUUUACAAAUUCCUGAGUGAAGAUGAAUAUGGUGAUUACAUGAGAAAUGUGGUUGGAAGUUUAACCACGACAAUGUCACGUUUGGAGGCCGAAAAUGUGCUCGAACUAAUCGGAAAAAAGACUUUUGACUAUGGGACGGCUAUUAGACGAUUUGAAGAUAAAAUAAGAUCUGUUUCUCAAAGAAUACAACAUGAUGAAUUAGGGGCUGGUAGUAGUGCUGACUCCGCCAGGUUAGCUUCACAGAUGACCCAGAAAGGAAUUCUUGAACACAGUUUACGCCAAUACCGAGAAAAAUUUGCCUAUGUUAAACAGAUCUUCAACAGCGUCGUCUAUAAUAAUGUGCGAAAUUUUCGCGACGUGAAGUCUAAAUUGGAAAGCACUGAUAAUGAUAUGCGGAGUAAUGUGGAGGCUGCUUAUUUUCAAAAUUUCCAAACAAAUGCGGGUCCAUCUCGCAUGAAUUCGGCUUCUGGCACCCAUUUUGGUGUGUCAGCGGCACAUUCAAGAGGAAACCCUCCGUAUGGACAAGUAGGACUUCCAGGAUUAAAUGGUGUAUUUCAAAACCUGGGUCCAACGCAGCGAAAUACUGAAAGAGGCGCUUCGCUAUUUAAUCAACCUCGUACAAGCUACGAAUCUGAUACAUAUGGCCCUCCAAUGUCUGAAAAAGAUCUUGAAGACCUAAUAAAUAAUAUUCAACAGAACGAAGAAGUCAAGCCAGAAGAUAGGAUAGGGACACCUCCUGAAUUGUCCAUCACUCUCCUGGAACAUCAGAAAGUUGGCCUUUCUUGGCUACAGAACAAGGAAGAUGGGAGGCAGAAAGCAGGUAUUCUGGCUGAUGAUAUGGGCCUCGGAAAGACCAUCCAAGUAUUGUAA